AUGCCGCAGAUUCGCCGCGCGUGCCAGAGCGAGGACAUGGACGACGAUGGUUUGUGGCCUGUCCCUACGCCCUUGAAGGUGCGGGGCCUGUUCCGUAGGAGGAGGAGCAUGCCGGUCCACCAUUGGCUUGACUUCUUCCGGUCUAUGAGCGUACCACGAGCUCAACUCCUCAAUAAGGCCGGUCCACUGGACGAUGAGGCUGUCCGUGCUGCCGGUGCACUCCACUCCUCCAUAUAUCAGGUUGAUGACCCGGCCGCAGAGGAAGAGGGCUUGCGCGGUAGCGUGAAAAACACUAACGGCGAGCUCUGA